AUGACAGGCCGCUAUGAAUCGCGCCCGGAGCGUCAGAAUGAAUAUUUCAUCCCCGGCGACGGAAUCAGCCGAGAAGUCAUUCAAGCAGAUAUCUGUCGCUACCUUGGAAAUGAUGCACUCGUGAGACCCGGCAACCAUGGUGGCCGCCCGGGAUUCUUCAUCCGUGCUUAUCGGAACCUCACAUCUGAGAUGAUAACUGACCUGAAGGCUGACUCCGCCCGCUGGGAGGCGGAUGUCUCACGCCGGGCUGACCUAGGCUAUCCCAGAGGUAGUUACAUUCAAGACCCCCCUAGCACCUCACCAGCGAACUAUGCUGCUUCGGCUGUCCAUGAGGUUCGCCAACAACAGGGCCCAUCCCCCACACCAUUUACUGCCGCUCCUGCGCAGCAGCCAUACAUGGAUCCUUAUUCCCAGAGUCCCUACAGUGGAUCCCAGAAUGCCCCCUACACCAACCCUCCUCCUGCAUACACAUCCACUCACUCGCCAUACGCAUCCGGUACAGCCCCGUACCCCCCACCCCAGGUUUCCUACUCUGGCUCCAGUCAGCCCGUCGUGACGGCGGCGGACAUGCACCCCCAGUCGUACACCUACGCUCCCACGGGCUAUGGAUACGACAAUGGCCGAAGCAAUGCUCCCCGAUACCCGGGGCCAGGAUAUGAUGCCGAGCAGGACUAUUCUCCCGUAACUUCCGGGAUGGCUUAUCCUACCACUACUGCCCCGGACCCCCGGAUAGGAAUGGAGCCCAGAUACACUCCAGAAUAUGAGCGCAGGCCACAAGCAACCAGAGACAACACACAUCGUCGGCGGUAG